GUAAACAUGGUUUCUGCCAAGAAGGAGGGAGAUGGUGACUGCGAUGUACCCCACUUCUAUUUCCACUCUCCUCUACUUUCUGUGUGUGGCGGCUUGCAUAAAGAGAAUAUCUGGACAGAUCAGAAAGGAUGAGAAAUUAUACCCGGAAAAUUUCACACGCAUUCUGGACCGACUUCUGGAUGGAUACGACAACAGGCUCCGACCUGGAUUUGGGGGUCCAGUGACAGAAGUGAAGACCGAUAUUUACGUCACAAGUUUCGGCCCAGUUUCCGACGUGGAGAUGGAGUACACCAUGGACGUGUUCUUCCGCCAGACGUGGGUGGAUAGGCGGUUAAGGUACGAUGGCCCGGUGGAGAUCCUCCGGCUAAAUAACCUGAUGGUGACCAAAGUUUGGACCCCUGACACUUUCUUCAGGAACGGCAAAAGAUCUGUGGCUCACAACAUGACGGCACCCAACAGACUCUUCCGAAUCAUGAAGAACGGCACUAUCCUGUACACUAUGAGGUUGACAAUAAUUGCAGAAUGUCCAAUGAGACUGGUUAAUUUCCCGAUGGAUGGCCACUCCUGCCCUCUCAAGUUUGGCAGCUAUGCCUACCCAAAGACUGAGAUGAUCUACACCUGGACCAAAGGCCCGCAGCAUUCUGUGGAAGUCCCACCUGAAUCGUCCAGCCUGGUACAGUACGACCUGAUCGGACAGACUGUGUCAAGCGAGACUGUAAAAUCUAUCACAGGUGAAUAUGUGGUAAUGACGGUCUACUUCCACUUGAAACGGAAAAUUGGCUACUUCAUGAUUCAGACAUACAUCCCCUGCAUCAUGACUGUAAUCCUUUCUCAAGUGUCUUUCUGGAUAAAUAAGGAAUCCGUGCCCGCCAGAACUGUCUUUGGUAUCACCACUGUUCUCACAAUGACGACCCUCAGCAUCAGCGCUCGGCACUCUCUGCCCAAGGUCUCGUAUGCCACUGCCAUGGAUUGGUUCAUCGCCGUGUGUUUCGCUUUCGUUUUCUCUGCUCUCAUCGAGUUUGCGGCUGUGAACUACAUCACCAACGUUCAGGCAGAGAGAGCCAAGAGAAAACAGGCCGCAGCCGCCACCAAGAGCUCCACACAGUCAGGCAAAGCUAAAGACACAGAGGAGGUUCUACAGCAAAACUCAGACACUAAUGGCAACCUGCGGAAACGUGUCAACUCCAAUGUUCAGUCUCAACCAGACUCCAAGAAGACCCAAAGAACCGAAACGUCUAGCAAGAGCGGAGCAGCCACAUCCAAACCGACCUUGACCAGCCAAUCAUCUUCCACCUCAGAGGGUACCAGCAGUUUUUCCAGCCAAUCACGUCUCAGCCCCAGUUCUGCCAGCCAAUUAAAUGCAGCCACUUCAUCCUCUGCAUCCAAGACAACACCGCCGGCCCCACCCUCAACGCCAACAGUUCCAGAGAAACCAUCACCCAGUGCAACUCCAGGCUCCGCCCCUCUUCACCAUCUCCUGGGGCCUAAAUUAGAGAAUAUUAAAAAGAAGGAAACCAAGGCUGCACCUCAACCUGCCACUCCUCCAACCGGAGGAGCCAGCAAGAUCGAUGAAUAUGCACGUAUUUUAUUCCCAGUGUCCUUUGGGGCAUUCAACAUGGUUUACUGGGUGGUUUACUUAUCCAAAGACACCAUGGAAGCAAAGGGAGGCUAACAAGAACAGGCUUGGAUGUUUGAACCUUUUUUUCAACAAGUCAGAUGAAAUAAAGAGCCCUCUUAAGGAUUACAUUAACAAGCAAUUCCAAGAAACUAAAUUAUAUUACAGCAGACAAAAACUGCACAAGCGCACGGAGAGAUUAUCUGGGUGAAAUAAUAUUAUUAUUAUUUUUUUUUAAUCAAAAGGGCCAUACACAAGAUUAAGCAUGUGGAUAUAUUAUAAUAAGUAAAAAUAAUUAAAUAAA